ACACCUCCAACUUUAAUUAAAGAUGGCUGUUUACCUGUCAAAUUAAAAUACUUUUCAAAGUUGCUCGUUUAAACAAACGUUUUUUUUAUUGAAUAAUGAAAACAUGGAUUCGCACUGGACACCAGGUGGCAGUUCUUCAAAAUCAAAAGGAGCAGUGAAAAACCCUAUAGAUGACCUUCUUGGAGACCUUUUAGAUGAUGAUCCUGUCCCAGUAAAGAAAAAGCCAGCUGCUACUGUGUCAUCAGGAAGGCCACAGCUUUCAGCCAAAAAACAGAGUUCAAAGGAUGAGGACUUCUACAGUAGCCUUGCUCUGGCAGCAGAGGAUGAUGAUGUCUCAGACGUGUCUGAGGCAGACGUCAAUAAGAUGGCAAAGAGCAUAGCGGACCUGGAUGAUCUGGAUGCAGAUCUCUUUCAAGCAGCUGGAGCAGCCAAGACCCCUAAACGCGGCAGCCUGAAAGAGAAAUCAGGAAAACCAGGCACUCCAAGACGAAACACCACUCCUCGGUCCAGGGGUGGAACCCCUCGAGCAUCCUCCCCGCCGCUUAGAAUGACCUCCCCUGGCAACAGAGUUGUCACCCCUAGCACUCAGAGGAUAACCUCCCCACAGGGUAGAGGCACUCCGACCGCACAGACAGGGAUUGAUCCUGGUCGGGCUGGGAGUGGUUCGCGAAAGUCGCCGGUGAAGGAAAAGAAACCGCAAUCUCCACAGUCUGACAGCACUCCAGAUUACCGGCCUACUACGGCUCCUGCCAAAAUGACAGAUUUGAAUGAGCGGGCUAGUGUCACAUUGAAACCAGGUCAGGAUCAGGACAGGCCUAGAACGGUGCCAAAAGCAAAGUCUCUCACUUUUGGAGAGUUUGAUGCUGAUGAUCCACUUGCCGGGCUGGAUCUGUCAGACGACGAGGAAGAUUUGGGUCUCCCCACAAAGAAAACUCCAGCAAAACAGCAACAGCAGCAGCAACAACAACAACAGAAAGCAGCAGAAGAGAAGUUGUCCCCUAGAGCGACUUUAAUGGACAAGCAAGACUCCCCACGUCAGAGGAACAUGUUUGACAGGCCCCCAACUCGCAGUGGCACAAACAACAGUGAAAAUUCAGAAAAGAUUCAGGAGCCCGCAGUGAAACCAACACCCAAACCAGCUCUAGCCAAGAAGAAGUCUGAAGAGGCCCUGUUCAGUGAUGAUGAUGAUUUCCUUGGAGGUCUGGGCAUAGAAGAAAAGGGUUCUGCCCCUAAAGCUAAAGUGAAGGACCCGGAUGAGGAAGAAAACAGGCCUGCAAAGUCCAUGAUGGACAAACUUCUCGGAAAGGACUCCAUUGCCAAGCAACUUGAAGCUCCGAAAGAGCGGAAGGAGUUUGUGCUAGACUCCAAAUAUACACAAUCUCUAGAUAAAUCCAACGAUGAUGAUCUCAUGUUUGGCAGCUACAUGCCUUCAGCAGCGGCGGGUUCUAACAGCUCUCGACCAACGUCACGCAGAUCUGUCAGAUUCCAAGAUGACGACGACAUUUUUGGUUUAGACGACGCUCCACCAAAACCACGCUCAACAAGCGCCCCGGCAAAGAAAGAGGAGGCACCAAACAUGGAUUGGCUGGAAAUGGCUGUAACCAGCAAAACACCAGAAAAACCUGCUGACAAGGCCCCAAGCAAAACGCCAGAAAAACCUGCUGACAAGGCCCUGGAAAAGACAGAAACCCAAGCAACAAAGCCCACAGAGUUGACAAAACCCUCAACAGCUCCUAGCGCUCAGAAAUCGGGCAAAGCUGAUUGGUUGGGACUUAAGGAUGAUGACGAUGAAGAGGAAUACGAUUUUCUCAAGCAGUCAUCAUUCUCUGCUCCUGCAAGGCAAGGGCCCAAAACACUUCCAGCCAAACAACAAGAAUCAUCAAAAUCAGCAUCCACACAACAACAACAACAACAGCCUCAGAAAGCUGCAGAGGUACUUCAGAAAGUUGCUGACACUCGACCAACAUCGGGCGGCUCAGGAAAAGACGAUUAUUUGGGACUUGGGGAUGAAGUGGAUCCUAGCAAAUUGCUCAGAAAUAAGUCAGAUCCCCCAAAAGUUGGGGCUGACCUUGACGAUGUUUUACAAGAGGACGAUAUUUUCCAAACUCCCCGAGCACCAUUAGCAAGGGGAGAUAGUUCAGAGCAGUCCAUUGAUCAAACAGCAGACAAUGAUCAUGACCAUGACAGCAGUGGCAGGAAGCCCAUGUUUGAGUCUGCAGCGCGUCGUAACCAGAUGAACAUGUCUCCACGCUUUAAAAAGGAAAGUCCGCGCAGAAGUCCUGAGAGGAAAGCACAAGAUACAAGUCCCAGAACAAAAUCUUUGGCAGAACAACUUGCUCAGGUUUCCGACAAGCAGGUUCCUGUUUCGACCAACCAAAAUCAACCUUUCGAUGCAUCAAAAGCUGGACUACAGUUCUACAAUCAGAAUAGCCUGGACACUUUCCCCCCAACCACUGCUGCAGAAGAUGAACUGAAUUCUUCAACAGAUUUUUUCAGUUUUAAGAAAAAGGACCCGGAACCACCAAGUUCUAGUGCCUAUAAUGCUACUAUCGGUUCACCUUCUGCAAAUGCAUAUCAGAAUGGUUUCCCGCCUGAAGCCCAGAAUGUUUUGCAGCCUUUAUCUAUAUUUGGUUCCCUGCAGCAGCAACAACAGCAGACUACACUUCCAUUUAUGAGUCAAGUUGGGAACCAGAACAUUCAGACUGGUUUGCAGAGUUUCCCAGACAUGUCGACUGGUUUGUUGAUGUCCUCUGGUCAGCAACUUCAGCAGCAACAGCAGAUGCUGCAGCGCCAACAGCAGCUUCGACAGCAGCAGGUGAUGAAACAGAUUCAGCGCCAGCAGCAGCAGUUUCAGAGGCAGCAGCAGCAACAACUGCAACAGCUACAACAGCAACUCAUGCAGCCCAUCAUGCCAGAGGCACAGCUUUUCGGCGUUGGAAACUCGCUAUUCAUGGAUGACAUGAGUUUUGGUCUGGCAGGUCAAGUUGACAUGGAUGCUCAGUCAAAGAUACGCAGACUGGAAGUGGAGCUGCAGUAUGCCAGGGACAUCUUGACGAGCACAAAGACGAGAUAUGAGGAGGAAAUCAACGCCAUUGAGCACUCAUACAAGAACAGGAUCAAUCUUAUGGAAGAGACAAACAGCAAACGAGAAACAAGAUGGAGGGAAGAGAAUGAGCAGCUGCUCACCCAGCAGGUGGCCAAGGUGCGCAAGAUGGAGGAGGAGAAGGCGGAGCUCACCACCAACAUGUACAGACGCCUCGAGGACGCCGAGGUAGAGAAGGCACAGGAAAUAGAGCGACUCAAAGAGGUCCAAAGACAAGCGCUGGAGAAUAUUAAAAAGGAUCAUGAAGAGACUCUAAUUCGGCUGCGACGAUCCAAGGAUCAACAGAUUGACGCUGCUGCAGCCAGUCAUGAUACCUCCAGGUCUUUGGUGGCAGCAGUGGAGCUUAUCCACAACAACGCCAAGGAUCUUGGUGAUCUCCAGCGCAAGGUUGACCACUGGCAUGCACAGGGACUGGAUGACAGGGAGAUCAGCCUGCGCGCCAAGGAUGAACAGCUUAAAAUGCUCCAGGACCGUCUAAACAAGCAGCAGGAGGACACGGAGCAGGAGCGCCACCGUCUGCAGGAGCUUGUAGCGCGUCUCGAGACCCAGAUCAGGGAGCAGACACGCAUGCUGGAAGAGGAGCGUUGGAAGGUGAAGCAAGAGCAGUCUCGACUCCAGGGCCUACAGUCAGCCCUAGAAGAGGAGCGCAGGUCCUGGGCGGAUCACCAGGCCAGGGAGCGCUUGAACAUGGAGAAGUCACGGGAGGCACUUCUCGAGGAGCAGAAAUCCACAUUAAGCCAGCUGCACAAGGAGCGCCAGAGUCUGGCGGAGGAGCAGGUACAGUUCAACAUGAAGCAGAAGAUGAGUCGAGAGGAAAGCUCACAGUACACCAGCAAGGUUACACAGGCAAAGGCGGAAUACGAGGCUUUGUCACGGGCAAUAACGGAAGCGAAAGACAGAUAUGACAGUUUGAAGGUAGAGUACCAUAGGGAGGAGGAUCGCAUCCAGGAAGAGCGGAGACGGAUGGAAAAGGAGCGUGCCAAAAUGGAGAAGAAGGAAUCCGAGCUCAUGGAGUCGGCACACAUGAUCAAGGAAAAGUCUCAGGAAAUUGAGGAGACUUACGCUGAGGCGAGCAAGAAGUAUGAGGAAGGCAUGAUGGCCCUGGCAGAGGCCCAGAGACUGGAGAAUGAGGAGGGGAAGCGUAUCGACACCAUCAACCACCAGCUGAACCUGCUCAAAAUGAAGGAAAAAGAAAUGGCAGACGAACGUUUGAGACUCUCCAAGGAGAAGAGGGAGCAUGAGAAGUUCCGGAACGCUCUCCUUUGUCCCAAUUGCAGACAUCCGGCCCGCACCAAUGCCAUCAACAAUGCUCAACAAGAAGCGCCUCCAAUCGGCCUUCUAAUGCAGACGUAUAACCAGGCGUUUCCAAAUAUCCCCAAUGGUUCAGUUCAUCCAGCAUUCAAUCCCGCACUGCAGCUCUCUGUGAACACGCUGGACGCUGUGACAGAGUCCAUCAAGUCAGACAGGGCUGUCCGCCAUUGGAAGAUGGAGGCUCUCAAAGACCAACAGUAUCUGGAAGAGCAGAGUCUGUACCUUCAAACUCUCAAGUAUAUGCCAUAUUCAUCUCCAAAAAGCUGAGCACGAUGAGCUGAUCACUGACAGUCUUUGAUUACGGAUGAAUUAUAACUGACUAUCACUGAUAAAGGAUAAAUCAUGACUGACUAUAAUUGGUAAAGGAUAAAUCAAGACUGACUGUACCUGGUAAAGGAUAAAUCAAGACUGACUGUACCUGGUAAAGGAUCAAUCAUGACUGACUGUAACUGGUAAAGGAUCAAUCAUAACUGAUUAUAACUGGUGAAGGAUAAAUCAUGACUGACUAUCACUGGUAAAGGAUAGACAAAUAUAAAAUAUGAUAAUAAAUCCUUAACAAUAAAGAAUGGUGAAGGAUAAAUGAUGAACAAAAUAUUUGAAGGUCAUUGUGAUUUGAGCAUGUUGCCCAGUCUUUGAGAGUAAAAUGGAAGUAGACCAAGAUUACUUGUAAGCCAGUAUGUUAAUUUAAGAGAAUGUUUCCAAGUUAAUGAGAUCCUUUCUCAUCUUGACACUGCAUUAAGUGAGGACUUGGGGUGUGUGACCAUGCACCUACCUUCAUAACUUACCAGGCUCACACAAUUAGAAUUUAUUUUUGAUGGUAGCUCAAAUUUCUAGCAGUAAUUUUUUUUAAUUUAAAUAUAUUCAAUUUUGUUGUGUUGUGUUAUGUUUUGGAAAGGAGCCAGCGUGCCAUUGGAAGACCCAUCGUUAUGGUUUGGUGAACACUUACUAAACGCACAUAUAACAUUUUAGAAAAGUUUGAGUUCUUUUUUUAUAGUGAACAGUUAUAAGAAUAGGACAGUUUAAAUAGUGUUUAUGAAAAAUUACUUUUUCAGUACUGUCUAUAUGUUUUAUCAAUUGCUUUCAUAUUUUGCUUUAAAUAAUUUCCAAUG